GACAGAUCUUCAAAAUUAUGCAAUGUCAAGGACAUAAGCAAAUAUAAUUCAUUGAUCAAAACUGAAGGCAAACACAAAAUUUCUUUACUUAUGCAGGAAUGCUGUAAUCAGUGAAGUUCGGACAAAAUUAGCACAAGGAUACAAAGAACACAAUGAAAAAAAUACUCGUUUGUUUUACUUUGAUGUUUUUGUUGGAGGUACAAUGUAAAUGCCAGUGGAAUUCAUUUGGCCCUGGUGAUAAAAGCUGGUACGAACAAGCGGAUGGAAGAUGGUCAGAAUUUAGCUACAAUCGUAACAUGAAAACUUUUGACCAUAUACAUACAGUAUAUUCUAGUGAAAAAGCCGUUGUCAUACAACAAGAUGGGUUACUUCCUUUGAUUUUAAAUUCAAAUGCAGCAUACUAUGGCAAGAACAAGUUUGCUUCUGGAAGAUGGACUUCAACUGGGCGUUGGGAGGGUAAUUGGUUUCCACAAUAUGGAGGCGGAUCCGGAUAUUACUUACAAUCGAAUGACGAUUGGAAGGAAUACAGAAAUGGAUAUUAUGAGAAAACAUUUCGACAUAUACAAACAAUUAACGUUUCUGAAUUUGCAGUUAUUUUACAUCAGCGUUUUAUCUGGGCGUUCGUUUUGACUGAUGACUGUGCCUAUUACAAUGGAAUUCAGCAAUUCUAUGGAGAAUGGAGACAUUCUUGCCAUUGGAAAGGUAAACGUAGUAAUGGCAUUGAACUAUCAGAGUUCAGAAGAAUUUCACCUAAUUCAUGGCACGAAUAUACAAAUGGGGACUACCUUAAAACAUUCAAUCACAUUCAAACUGUUCAGAAUGAAGGAGUUGUGGUGGUUAUUCAACAAAAUUUUCAAUGUUUGAAACCCUUGAUUUUGAGCCAAACGUCUGCUUAUUAUGAUAAUGUAAAAUUUGCAAACGGACAUUGGGACGAUCAAAACACUCGAUGGGUUGGAUACCGUUUUAGUGGAGGGUCAGUUAAAUUUGAAAAAUUUGGGACAAAUUGGAAAGAAUAUGAAAACGAAAAUUAUUUAAAAACUUUCAAUCAUGUCAAACAGAUUCGAAGUGAUCGUGCAGUCGUUAUUAUGCAACAAUACUGUUUUUGGCCGCUUAUCUUAGAUGAAUUUGGCGCAUCCUAUAAUGGUCUCGAAUUUGCCUUGGGGAACUGGAUCAAUCAAUAAAAAAAAAAUUAAAUGCACAAAGAAAACUCUGACGAGUAAGGCAUGCAAAACAAAACAUUUAUAAGUGCCAAUUUUAUUUACAAACAUUUUAUCAUUAUAUUCAUAUAGUGACAUUAACCAUAACAUUUUAUUUUUUUAAUGCACCUACCUAACAUACGGCUAAAUCAUAUACCAUUCGAAAGCACAUCAUCUGUACUAUCUUUUUUGCCCGGUGUCAAAUAUUCGUGUAUGGUGCAGUUUUCGUCAAAUCACGAUGAAAAUUCUUUAAGUUUGUCCGUUUUAGAAAUCAAUGAAACCAAAACGAACUUAAAUUAUCAUACCUUUGACGAGAUUUGUGAUCUCCUAUAAUUUUUGUUAUAGUGAUAUACAUGUAAUUAAAACUUACGAUUGGGGUCAUUUAUUCAAAACUCAAUAAUUAACUACUUUUAAAGUUUUCAAACAUUUAAAGUGGUCUUUAGUAUUAUGUUUACUAAAAAAGAGUUUUUAAUGUUACAAAAUGGUCUCAUUCCUCAUUUCAUAAUUUCUCACCGAUUCUCUACAUCCCCAUCCCAAACACCCGACAAAAAAAGAAAUGUGAUUGACAAUAAUAUAGGAAUUCAUAAAAUUUCGAACAAGUUGAUAAUAUAUAAUUAUGUUAGCACAUUGUGCUCGUAUGCAUGUGUGUUUGUGUGUGUUGGGAGGGUUCUUCGUUUAUUUCUUGAGCCAGACUUUUUUCAAUACAUAUCUGACAAUUGUUAUAAUUUUUAAAAUUUAAAUAAAUCUUCUAAAUUUUUAUGGCUCUUGACUCAAGAAAAUGUAACUCUUAUGGAAAAACUGGGCUGUUAUAUUUGUGACUGUUUUGAAUUAAGGAGAUCAGGUAUGCAUAUUGACACUAAGUCAAGUAAAUGAUUUGAGAAUGAAUGCUUAUAAUGUAAUUUUAUUCUUUUAUUCACAAUAUAUAUGUGGUUUUUGGCUCUGAUUCUGACCAAUGCUAAUAUACUAAAUAUAUAUAUUCAA